UAUCUUAAAUUUUAAACUUAUAUCUUCUUAGUUACUUGUUGAAGGUAUUUUCUCAAUUUAGUUCUUUUUAUUUUUACUUUCUGUUUUAUACCUGCAAACUAGCCGGUGAGUUUUCUCACAAAAGCUAAGUGUAUAUACACAAUAAACUUGACUUACUUACCUACUUUCGAAUGUUUCACCGUGAUGCGCACAUGGCAAAUUUUAAAAAUCUAACCAUCGUCACGGAUGGCUAGGGCUGAUGCUCUUUUGUUUGGAAAGAAAAUAUGAAGUUUACAUGAGAGGUAGUCAUACCAACAAAGGUCGAUAACAAUGCAAAGAAGAUUAUUAAAAUAUUCUGUACAAAUUAGCACUCCUUCUGAACACAAAGGUGACACAAUAGAUUCUUUCAAACUGUAAUGACCCUUUGAGAUGCGAAAGGCCAUGUUCGCAGUUCAUUUGCGGCUUAAAAGACUUACGAAGUGAUUGUUUUGAAAAGGAAUGCUUAAUCCGUAGCUUAGCAGAACGUCAACUGAAAAUAGCAAGGACUUACGCUGAGUAUUCGCAAAAUUUCGUCGAGAUAAAAGAGAAGGGCGAUUUGAGACGAACUGGAAGCAAAUAGCGCGCGAUGCUACAUAAAGUCGACAUAUCUGUCACGGCAACAAGCUCGUUUAGCCCAAGAAGAGCAGAGAAACUCGAAGAGAAACGUGUAACCCAGCUGGAACAUUUAAACCAAGCUAAACAGCAAGUGUCUGGGAAUGAAAUAUCAACACCAGAACAGAAACUUGCAAACGAUGAAACACGUCAGCUAAAAUUGCCGGUUCUCCCAGUUGAACGAGUCAAGAACGAAGAAAACGAUGAUCUGCAAUUUCUUUCGCGUGGAAUGCAAUGUUCUGAUUUUUCGCUACAACAACGUACGGCAGAAUGGAUUGAUAAAUCAACUAAGAAAUCACAAUCUUCUUGUUCCCAGCGUCUCGAACCAGCUUCAAGUACUCCGGGAUUUACGCAAGGACGAGUCCUUUUUGUCCUAGAUCAGAAUCAGGUAAACAAUAGAGGAAGCGAAUUGGAACACGCGGGGGACAUUUCGAAAGACCGAAGUCAGAGUAUUUCGCCGAUAUCUGGUUCAAUUCUAGAAGGACAGCGAGUGAAUUUAAGAGAGAAAAUGGAACUAAACAAACAGCGAAAACAGGUUCGUUGUCGCAUGCCAAGGAAAGCAAACAAGCUAUGUAAUCAAAGUGAAUCAACAGCGGAAACCUUUGACACUGAAAAUAACUUAAUGAAAACACGAAGGACGAGCUCAAGCACGGUUUCUUUAAAGACUAGGAAACAGGAUGCACGACCGGUAUUUCACCUGCCAAAGGCUGAUAAAUACGAUAUCACACCUAAAAACAUUCUAAACACCAAAGUUUGUUCGGUUUUCAAAGUGGACGAUCUAAAAUCAUCUUCAUUAUUCUAUUCAGGUUGUAAAAAUACAUGGAUUCCCAGCCGGGAUAGUUACGUUAUCAAGAACUCUGUGUUUAAAGCUAUCGCUCAACCAACAGUGUUUCUGAGGCAACCAUCUCCUGUUGCUGGAGUAAAAAUGACUUUAAAGGAGCCCGAAGACUCGCUGGCGGCAGCGAUUCAAGCUGUCGAGGAAACGAACGUAACCUCUCCAACUGUUGAUGGAGGUCGGCAGGUAAAGAAAUUUGUUAUAAGGUUGCCGCCGAUUUGCUGAAUAAUAAUAACAACAACAGCAACAUUUAUUUAUAUACAAUACGGACAAUCAGAAGCUGCUUAUAGGGUCGUGUUUCUAACUGAGGCAAACUUAUUAAAAACUUUUAAAACAUCUUGAAACAUAAUUUUGCUAGGUCAAAGAAUUGUAAUAUCCUCUGACCUGUCUGUCAAGGAAGAAUUUAUAUACGGUUGACCGUAGUCCGAAAAUAAAGUGAGAUUUAGUAACAUUAAACCCUUGGCGCCAGAAAGUUCCUUAUUUCGAUUACUUCAGCUGAUGUUGACCAAGCCUGUGAACAGGCUUACGUUCGGAGUCUCAAUACCGCCGGAGCUGCGAACGGCCACACUGUGAAGAAUAGCAUACCACUCGUUAAACUGGAACUGCUGCACUCGCUAAACUCGUCGGCGUGUUCGACUCGCGCGCGGCUUAUUGCCGGUUAAUUGUCACUCGCGCGUCAGUUCCCAAACGUGGUGGUCGCUCGCAGAAUUACUCUCGGCCCAACUUGUUCCAGGACGAAAUCUCGCUCCCAGCUUCUUCGCUCUGAGGAGGAACGUGUACAAGGAGUGACGCUGCACCGUUUACAUCGCGCUUGAAACAGGACCUUUUAUCCCAUAGGACCGGUCGUACGUUGACUAAUACGAGUGAAAGCUCAGGAAACGAAACUAUUGUAAGUAUCGAGCCGGGGCCAUUCUGAGGCUACCUCUCUCAGAUUUCGCGUACAAAUUCUUAUUGGUUGAUUAAUAGUUUUAAACUGGAUAAAUUACCUCUUGGAGAAGUUUGGAGUUAGCCCUCAUUCGGGAGAAAAGAUAGAGGGCUAAACGUAUCUACAACGGCAAAAUUUUAGCAACUGUUUCAC